AUGACACCCCCACCAGUCCUCUUCCACGCCCUCCUCCGCCCCGCGGUCCUCCAGAUCCUGCGCGCGACAGGGUACCACGCCGCGCGGCCCGUCGUUCUCGACGCCGUCACGGAGCUCGCGGCGCGCUACAUGUUCGCCCUCUGCCAGGCGACGGCGCGGCACGCGGGCGACAACGACCCGCAAGGUGAGGCUGGCCCAGGCAUCGUGGACGUACGCAUGGCGCUGCAGGAGCUGGGUGCCGUGCCCCCGGACGACAUGCUCGCCGAGGGGAGGGGUGCGAUAUUGGGCGAGAUUCUAGACUCGCUGGACGAGGAAGGUGCAGAGCUUGCGGCUGCGGCUGCGGCUGCGGCUGUGCCGGACGGCGAGGGAGACUUGGCCAUGGCGACGCCGAUGGCGGUUGCUGAGAGGGGACGCGAGAGAGAGAGGAUCGUUGAGGACACGAGAGGCGUGGACGAGUUCAUUAAGUGGUUCUCUGGACCGCGGAACAAGGCCAUUCGCGAGGCGGCGGUUGGUGAUGGGGAGCUGGAGUUGGGCGACUACUUGAACGUCCUGAAGAAGAAGCACAGCAAGACGGGCGAAGACUCCAAAUACCACGGCACGAUCAUCGGCAAGGGCAACGACGUGGGAGAAGUCCAGGUCGAGGGCGGGGACCUCCCGAGCAUCCAUACCUGGCGAUCCAAGAUGCAAGGCCCACCGCCGGGCAGCGCACCGUCGGCGACUUCGCCGCACAUCAAGGAGGAGUCGAGACCGCCGAGCUCGGGGCUCAGCUCCGUGGGCGACAGGCUGGGCGACGAACGCGACAGCAUGGACUUGUCAUAG